GAGUCAGCCUCUUUUGCAAUUUUCCCCAUGCCUGUGCCGAAGAAUAGGGGGAAAACUCUUUGGGGGGAGGUGGCCUGCCCUAUUUUAUCUCUGCUUCUUUCCUUCAAAGUGUCUUUCCCUCCUCUGGUGUCCCUGAGGGACUGGGCAUGGCCCCUUGACUCCAAGAAGCCCCACAGCCCUGCUGCCUGGGCUGGGUGGCUGCCUUGAUCCGACUUGCUGGACAGCCACAGCCUAUUCCCUGGCUCCUCAAUGAACCCAAGGAAGAAGGUGGAUCUGAAGCUCAUCAUUAUUGGAGCCUUAGGAGUGGGAAAGACCUCCCUCCUGAAUCAAUAUGUACACAAGACUUUCUAUGAGGAUUAUCAGACCACGCUGGGGGCCAGCAUCCUCUCCAAAAUCAUCAUGGUAGACAACACAACCUUGAAGUUACAGAUAUGGGACACAGGAGGUCAGGAGCGGUUCCGGUCCAUGGUAUCUACCUUCUACAAGGGCUCAGAUGGAUGCAUCUUGGCUUUCGAUGUCACUGAUCGAGACUCCUUCCAUGCCCUGGACACCUGGAGACAGGACAUUCUCCAGAAGACACUGCAAACAGAACAAGUCUUCCCCAUCGUGGUACUGGGGAACAAGAUUGACCUGGAUGCCCGAGAGGUGUCCCAGAAGAAAGCCCUGGACUGGUGCAAAGAAAAGGACAUACCUUACUUCGAAGUCAGUGCCAAGAACGACAUCAAUGUGGAACAAGCAUUUGAAUUACUGGCCAGACAGGCACUGAUUCGACAUCGAGGGAUUUUCGAGAAUUAUUUGACUGAUUCUAUCAAGCUUUUGCCAUCGGGAGAGCCAAGGAAUAAAUGCUGCUAAUUAGAGAGUCCCAUCUCAGAGACAGAGGAUACCUUAGGAAAGGGGCUGCUAAUUAUUCAGGACUGGAAUUGGGUAGAAGACUUCAAGUCCCCUGCCCCCCUUCUCUAUAACCUUCUCUAUCCCAAGCUGCUGGUACCUGGUGACAAAAGGAGAAUUUUGAUGAGCUAAAAGGAUAAACCAUACAUUACUACUGUCUGAGAGCACGAGAAAAAGGGGAUGCUAGUGGACCCAUAAUAAGCAUUUUCUCUACUACAAGACAACAGAGGGAUGGAAGAUUUCUAGAAUCAACAAGUUCUCAAGCUGGAAGAGGCUUACAGUGUCACAGUUCUACAGCUCAAACUGGAUUCAGCAACCUUCUCAUGCAAUUCCCUCAUUUUACAAAUAAGGAAACUGAGGAUUUAAAGAGGUUAAAUGACUUAAUGUUGCAAAGGUAGUAAAUAUCAUAAGUAGUAUUUAAAUCUAGGUCUUCUGACUCUUGCCCAUUCUACACUCUCUCAUCCUCCUCUAUUGUACAGAUAAGCUAAUGGAGAUUAGGAAAGAAUUUGACUUGCCAAUGAGCACAGGUAGCUAAAACUAGCAACCAAGUCUCCAAGACAUUCCCAUGAUUUUUUGCAUCCCAAAUUUUUCCUUCUGUCAAAUCUCUAUUGAGAACUGUGUGGUAGCAUGGGAUAGUGGUUAGGCCACUGGAAUAUAGGGGUUUAGAUCCUGGGUAACCCUAAACAAGAUGUGUAACACCUUUUGGCCUCAAUCCUCCAUGGAGGAAUCUAGAUGUUGCCAAGAAGGUACAAAGAUAGUCAUCUUCACCAACCACCUAUAGAACCAGCUGAUAAUGAAAUAAUCAGUUGCUAGGGCAUUUCUUCCAGGAGCACUUAGGAAUGCCAAGUAGUAGGAAGGAUAGACAAGCAAUUGGAGGGUGAAGAUAGUGAUCAACCAUCACUUAGUGGCAUAGAGAGGAUAUAGUAGGGUACAGAAGAUGGAGGAGACUUGGUGUGAGUGAACAAUUUAAUGUGAGCUAGUGGAAUGUGAUUGAGAAGAGACUAAUAAGAAGUUUGGUUGGGGAAAGGAGGUCAGGAUAGCCUUCCUAUGAGAGAUAGACACAAUGGCCCCUACAUGUCCUUUCUAGUUCUAAAUCUGUGAUCCCAUGACUCUUCCCACUGUAAGAUUAAAAUUAAUAUCUGAUAACUCCAAGUAUUUUAUAAGAUUUAUUAAUAAUCACCUGAAGUAGAGAAAAUAGAAAGACAAAAGUAAAGCUGAGUAAAGAGAGGUUUUUCCUGACUACAGUAGUGGGAGAAGAGAGAAGAGAAGGCGGGGUUACAGAAACUUUAUCUUCAAAAAUGUAAGGACUUAACAUGAGGACAAAAGUGGGAUUCUGGGAAAUGCAGUCCUGGGGUACAAAAUUCUAAUUACAUGCCACCAAAAAAAAAAUGAUGCCCUACAAUUAUCCUCAUUAGGAAUCUACCUUCCCCAUCCUCCAUCCCUAUUCCAACUCACUUGGCCCUGGGUAUGGAUAGCCCAAUUCAAUAAACAUUGUUUUCUUGGAUUUAAUAUCCUGGGAUGAUCAGAACUAGAGAGAGAGUGAGAGCUUUAGUUUGACUGUAUGAUGCCUCAGUGCCAAGCAAAGGCCCAUUUGGGAUUGGGACAGCUGCCUUCUGAGAACAGUCUUCUUAUGGAAAGUACCAAAGAGCCCUGACUAGAAAAUUGGGAAAUCUCAGUUUUAGUGCCAACUGUGCCAAUUACCCUGUCAGCCCCUGUAAGCCUCAGUUUCCUCACCUGCAAAAUGAGGGUGAUGCUAUUAGCCUUCAAAAAGUUAUGAUUGGGUUCAAAUGAGACAACAUACUUUGAGAACCACAAUACUCUCAGGGCAGCUAGGUAGAGUGCUAAACCUGACAAAAGGAAGUCCUGGUCUCAAAUCUGGCCUCAAACAUUUCCUAGCUGUAUGACCCUGAGCAAGACACUUAACUCCAAUUACCUAGCCCUUACUGCUCUUUUUUAAAAAUAUAUUUUAUUUUCACAAUUAUAUGUAAUAAAAUUUUCUACAUAUUUUCCAAAAUUAUAAGAUUCAAAUUUUCUUCCUCCCUCUCUUCCUUCCCUCUCCCCUCUUGGAGAUGGGAAGCAAUUCAAUCUGGGUUAUACAUGUACUAUCAUUCAAAACAUAUUUCCAUAAUGUUCAUUUUUUAAAGAGAAUAGUCAUAUAAAACCAAAAUCCCAAAUAAACAAGUGAAAAAUCGCAUGCUUC